AUGGCUCUGCCCCAGCCCUGUGCAGCCAGAGCCAGCCCCAGCGCAUUGCUCCUCACCCUGCUGCCAGCCUGGCUGGCCUUGGGCAUCAUGCAGCUGCCCCUCCGCAGCACCCAGGAGUGCCUAAGCCAGCAGCAGGUGCUCAGCACAGUGCAGCAGAUGCAGAAGCUGCUGGCAGCACAGGAGGCUGCCUACCUGCGGGGCACAUGAGGUCUCCAGCAGCAGCUCUCCAUCCUCAUGAGCCGCCUCCAGAAACAGGCCACCAAAUGCAACGAGAUUUGUCCACAGCUGGCAGUGUCCCUGAAUGGACAGAUGCUGGGACAGAGCAUGUGGGUGGGCCAUGACGUUCACUUCAUCUGCAACCCUGGCUUCCGACUGGUGGGCUCAGAGACAUGCACCUGCUGGCACAACCGCAUGUGGAGCAGCACCCAGCCCUUCUGCAGAAGUAUUGAUGACUGCUCCAGCAACCCAUGUGCCGACAGUGGGACCUGUGUGGAUGGCAACCAGAGCUACAUGUGCCUCUGCCCCCAUGGUUGGUCAGGCCCCAGCUGCCAGAGCCCCAUCUAUGCCGCUAGGUACUGGGUGACGCUGAGCAAUGCCUCCUUCAGCCACCAGCCCCACUGUGCUGAGGGCCAUCCAGGCUCCCACCGCUGCAGCUGUGAUGCCAGCUUCCAGAUGCAAGCUGGUGGCAUGUGCCACGACAUGGACGAGUGCCAGCUCUUCCAAUCCAACCUCCAUACCCAGCUUUGCCUCCACAACAGCGUCAACCUCCCUGGCUCCUACCGCUGCCUCUGCCUCCCUGGCUACCUGCUCCAUGCUGACUGCAACGCCUGCGAGGAGGUGAAUGAGUGUGCUGGGAAGCAGCACAACUGCAUCUAGGGUGACCUCUGCAUCAACACCUUUGGGGGCCACUGCUGCAUGCGCCCCAAGUACUCCCCACGGUGCCACAACACCAGCUACAUCAAGACCUCCUCCUCAUGAUGCGAGAGGAACCCCUGCCCCAUGGAGAGCUGAGCCUGCCACCUGGCUGCCACCUCCAUCUCCUUCCACUACCUGCCACUCCAGGCCAACCACACUGUACCCCAUGCCCUCUUCAAGAUGUCUACUACCUGCUUUGUGGGUGACACCAGCACCACCACCAUGGGCGGCCAGGGCCAGGGUGUCUUCACUGUGCAGCGCUCCGACCGGCAGAUGGGAGAGCUGGUGCUCAACAGCCCUGUGGUAGGGCCAGCCACACUGGAGGUGGAGCUGGAGAUGAGUGAGUUAUCCAGCAAGGUCUUCCUGGGCAAGCACAUCUUCAAGGUCACAGUAUUUGUGUCCCCAUAUGAGUUUUGA